CAAGUGUGGAGGAGCACUUGUAGUAUCAGCUACGAGGGAGGUUUAGCAGGGAGGAUCCCUUGAGCCCAGGAGUUCCAGGCUGCAGUGAGCUGAGAUCACAUCACUGCACUCCAGCCUGGGUGACAGAGCGAGUGAGACCCGGUCUAUUAAAAAAAGAAAGAAAAAAAAGAAAACUUUUAAGGAGUCUAAUUUCUUCCCUUUUCCAUUCUCCCUUUGUCAGGUAGGAGAAGGGAGUAGGGAGUGACUGGACCUGGAAAGGAGGGCUGCAGUAGCUAUAAUAUUGACCCCUUUCCUUUAAAAAUCCUACGCCAGCACAGAUUUCCCAGACGCUCUCUAGGUGGCCUCAGACUCCGCCCCUUUAGUCUUCCGGUUCUGGUUUCCGACUGUAGCGUUUAAAUCUCGCGCGCUUUACAAGGAUUGGCUACAUCAGCGAGUAGUUGGCAGUCUGCGUGCUACCCCUCCUCCUCGCCUUUUCUCCCCGGGCAAAAGGUUUUCAAAUUCGGCCAAUCAGCGGGCGGGCUCCCUCAGCCGAGCCGCGACACCCAAGGGUUAACCGCAACCAACCGGAAGCGGGUAUUGGAGAAAAGAGCCAAUCAGGAGGGCGCGGAGGUGUGUCCUGGGGGCUUAUAAAGGCGGCCUCGCGGCGCGCGCGCGACAGCAGUUACACUGCGGCGGGCGUUUGUUCGAGUGUUUGAUCGCUUGUACUUCACCAGCCUACCUCGCUAGCAUGUCGGGCCGCGGCAAGACUGGCGGCAAGGCCCGCGCCAAGGCCAAGUCGCGCUCGUCGCGCGCGGGCCUCCAGUUCCCAGUGGGCCGUGUGCACCGGCUGCUGCGGAAGGGCCACUACGCCGAGCGCGUUGGCGCCGGCGCGCCAGUGUACCUGGCGGCAGUGCUGGAGUACCUCACCGCUGAGAUCCUGGAGCUGGCGGGCAAUGCGGCCCGCGACAACAAGAAGACGCGAAUCAUCCCCCGCCACCUGCAGCUGGCCAUCCGCAACGACGAGGAGCUCAACAAGCUGCUGGGCGGCGUGACGAUCGCCCAGGGAGGCGUCCUGCCCAACAUCCAGGCCGUGCUGCUGCCCAAGAAGACCAGCGCCACCGUGGGGCCGAAGGCGCCCUCGGGCGGCAAGAAGGCCACCCAGGCCUCCCAGGAGUACUAAGAGGGCCCGCGCCGCGGCCGGCCGCCAGGCCUCCCCAUGCCACCACAAAGGCCCUUUUAAGGGCCACCACCGCCCUCAUGGAAAGAGCUGAGCCACUUCAGACUGCGGGGCAAGCGGGCCGCGGCUCCCGGCUCCCUUCCCCUCCCCUCGCCCGCGUUCGCCGCCCGGCCUCGAGUCCCCGCCCGCCCCCGCUCCUGUCCCGCACCGCCUGCCGCGUCGGCCUCGGGCCCUGCCUCGUCCGCCGUCCGCCCUCCGGUAGGGCUCGGGCCUUCCGGAUGCGGCUUGGGCACUCUUCGGGGACCGCCGUGGCGCGGAAGACCCGAGCCUGCCGCGGGGAGGCCGGCGGCGCCGCACCUGCCCGCCUCGGCGUUCGUGACUCAGCCGCCCCAUCCCGAGUCGCUAAGGGGCUGCGGGGAGGCAGCAGCACCUUCUGGAAGACUUGGCCUUCCGCUCUGACGCAGGGCCGAGGUGGGCAGUCCAGGCCGAGAGGCCGGCGGCCCUGAAGGUGAGUGAGGCCCUCGGCAGCUGCAGCCGGGGUGUCUGGUACUCCCCCGGCGUGGUGCUUAGCCCAGGACUUUCAGACGUGGCCGCUGGCCUGGAGGCUUUGGUGGGAGAGACACGAUCGCUGAUUUCGGUCUGGCGGCCCCUCUGCGGCCGGGACCCAGGCCUUUCACAUCAGCUCUCCCUCCAUCUUCAUUCAUACGUCUGCGCUGGGGCCGGGACGAAGCACUUGGUAACAGGCACAUCUUCCUCUCGAGUGACUGCCUCCUAGGAGGACAUUUAGCGGGGGGCAGAGGCCUGCAGUUUGGCUUCACGGCUGGCUAUGUGGACAGCAACAGCCAGGCCUGUCAGGCCCCCCCACGCCGCCCCAUUUCCCUUCCAGCAAACUCAACUCGGCAAUCCAAGCACCUAGAUACCAGCACAAGUCGGUUAAUCCCUGUCUGGACUGAGCCUCCGUUGGCUUCCGAACUGGAAUUUUGCAGCUAACCCUUCCACGACUAGAACCUUAGGCAUUGGGGAGUUUUAGAUGGACUAAUUUUAUUAAAGGAUUGUUGUUUUUUUAAA